AUGGUCACAUUGGUAAUGAGGUAUGGGGCUGACACAUUACUGCGUAGAUCUUUAAGACCUUUGAAGACGAUUUCAUUAAAACAAUUCUUGACCUUCAUCGUAUUGGGGAGUCUUCAGGAAGUUUUCGCCCAAAGGAUAUUAAAGACACUAACGUUGGAGGAAUUGGUGCCGUUACAACCAGAUUUUGUGCCAGAACGGGUUUCAGUGCAAUGGAUUUCAAAUUCCGAAUACAUCAUUGCUGAACCUGGCGCCAUUUAUAGAUACAAUGUGGUGACGGACAAAUUCACAAAGCUCUUAAAUGAAACUGAUUUGGCAAAUUUAAUACCAAACGCGGUCGCAUCAUUUUCCAACGAUCAACAAUACCUAUUAUUGGUUUCGGAAAGAAUAAAGGUAUACAGAUAUUCAACAUUGGCAAAAUACUCAAUUUAUCACCUGGAAAGCAAGUCUAUAGCAAGAAUAGGAAAUGGACAUUUACAAGUAGCCCUUUGGGAUAAAGGCCAUGCUUUAGCAUACGUUGAGAAUAAUAAUGUAUUCUAUAUCUCUGAUGCAAGCCGACCGGAGGAAGUAAGACAGUUGACCAAUGAUGGCGUUCCAGGGAAGGUAUACUGCGGUGUCGCUGAUUGGAUAUAUGAGGAGGAAAUCCUGAACGCCGCUGAAGCGAUGUGGUUUUCGAAAAAUGGAUCGUACCUAGCCGUUGCCAUUUACAAUGACAGUUUAGUCGAGUCAGCAGUGUUCCCUUACUAUGGAGAUCCCGAAGACCUCGACAAUUUGUACCCUAAAAUGAUUGAAUUUAAAUAUCCUAAGGUAGGUCGGAGAAACCCAACUGUAGCACUACGCGUAUACGACUUGAGAGGCGCAAACAAAGAUCCAAUUAACAUUAAAGCUCCGAUUGACGUCAUCGGCGAAGACCACAUUUUGGGUAGAGUCAAUUGGCCCUCCGAUGACAACAUCCUAACUCUCUGGCUCAACAGACGUCAGAGCAUAAGCGUUUUGGUCGAUUGUAACGUCAAACAGAACAAUUGCACAGUUCUCAAAGAGCAAACGGAACCGAAUGGCUGGAUUGACAUCCGCGAGCCGCUAUUCGACGAGAACGGAACGAGAAUGGUCGAAAUCCAACCGGGCUUGUUUGACAAACAACGUUACUUCCACGUCACACGGUUUGACUUCAAAACGUUGGAGACGGAGGACCUGACGCCGGGCAAUUCGACGGUGACGGAGAUUUUGGGAUGGAAUCAGAAGACUGAUACUGUGUUUUUCAUUGCUUCGCCGGGGAACGCGCCCUGGCAGAGGCAGCUGUGGUCGGUUUCGAAGGGGAACAUUUUGUGUAUGACUUGCAGCCAGUCGGCCUGUCAUAGUGUAGAUGGUAUGUUCUCGCCCGGUGGCAGUUACGCCGUUUUGUCAUGCAGCGCGUUUAAUUUACCAUCAAUGUCGUACUUCUAUAUCGCCGAGAAAAACGGAUUUAAACUAUUAACCGGAAACGGAAGAUUAGUGGAAAAACUAAGUAACUACAAAUUACCUAUGGCGCUAUUCAACAUGAUGCCCUUGGAUAAUGAUUUAAUGUCGUAUAUUAAACUACAAUUACCCCCAAAUAUGGAAGAGGGCAAAAAGUACCCCAUGAUUGUCCGAGUGUACAGUGGUCCUGGAACUAGUAGGGUUAAGGAUAAUUUUGAUUUAGAAUAUUACAAUACAUAUUUGAGUGCCAACCGAAGUAUAAUAGUGGCUUCGAUUGACGUCCGCGGUUCGGGAGCGAUGGGUGUAGAAGCCAUGCACGCGUUGAACAAGGCCCUCGGAACUGUGGAGAUAACCGACACGUUGGCGGCUAUUAAGCGAUUGGUUGAAUUGUAUAAAUUCAUUGACCCAAAACGUAUUGGUGUAUGGGGCUGGAGUUAUGGCGGGUACGCCACCACCAUGAUGCUGGUUCAAGAUAAAGAACAUCUUAUCGCUUGCGGCGCUGCAGUCGCCCCUGUUACCUCAUGGCUUUAUUAUGACACAAUGUACACGGAGCGUUAUAUGGAUACUCCAGAAGAGAACUUAGAAGGAUAUAGAAGGGCUGAUUUAAUGUCGAAAGCUGAGCAGCUGCGCGGGCGCCGGUACCUCAUAGUGCAUGGGACUGGAGAUGACAACGUCCACUUCCAGCAUAGCAUGCAGUUUGCGAAGGAGUUGCAAAGAGCAGAUAUUGCUUUCGAACAAAUGAGUUACGCCGACGAGAACCAUUCUUUACGCGGUGUGAGUCGACACUUUUACCACACGCUGGACCAUUUUUGGUCUGAAUGUUUUAAUUUAUAA